AUGAAGGAGAAGUGUAAGAAUGCGGCCAAGACGCGCAGGGAGAAGGAGAACGGAGAGUUUUACGAGCUGGCCAAGCUGCUGCCGCUGCCCGCGGCCAUCACCUCCCAGCUGGACAAGGCCUCCAUCAUCCGUCUGACCAGCAGCUACCUCCGCAUGAGGACCUUCUUCCCCAACGGAGUGAGUGAUGAAUGGCAGCGGGCCACAGUGUUCAACCCUCUGGACAGCAUGGCCAGAGACCUGGGCUCCCACCUUCUGCAGACUCUGGACGGGUUUGUGUUCGUUGUGGCUUCUGACGGAAAAAUCAUGUACAUCUCAGAAACAGCAUCGGUUCACCUCGGUCUGUCCCAGGUGGAGCUGACAGGAAACAGUAUAUAUGAGUACAUCCACCCAUCAGACCACGAUGAGAUGACAGCCGUGCUGGGCCUCCAGCAGCCCACACACCAUCCCCUCCCUCCAGACUGUGAAGUUGCACGCUCCUUCUUUCUGAGGAUGAAGUGUGUUCUGGCUAAACGGAAUGCAGGACUGACUUGUGGAGGAUAUAAGGUCAUCCACUGCAGUGGCUACCUGAAGGCACGUCAGUACAUGGUGGACAUCCAGCUGUAUGAAUCAUGUUACCAGAGUGUGGGGUUGGUGGCAGUUGGUCACUCUUUGCCCCCCAGUGGUAUCACUGAGAUCAAACUGCACAGCAACAUGUUUAUGUUCCGGGCCAGUUUGGACUUGAAACUCAUCUUCCUGGACAUGAGGGUGGCAGCGCUUACAGGCUAUGAGCCUCAGGACCUGAUUGAAAAGACUCUGUACCACCAUGUCCAUGCCUGUGACAUCUUUCAUCUUCGAUACGCUCACCAUUUACUGCUGGUGAAGGGCCAGGUCACCACAAAGUAUUAUCGCCUGCUGUCGAAGCAUGGAGGCUGGGUGUGGGUUCAAAGUUAUGCAACCAUCGUCCACAACAGCCGAUCAUCCAGACCACACUGUAUUGUUAGUGUGAACUACGUCCUCACUGACACUGAAAGUAAGGAGCUGUUACUGUCAGAGGACCAGAGUCAAGCCAUGAAGCCCGUCGUCAGUCUCACUUCUUCUCUGGAUCACAGAAAACAUCUCAGAACCAAAGCCACAAAGACAAAGAGCAAACUGAGGGCAGCUCCCUAUUCUGAGCCUUCACAGCCGGAUUCCUACCCUGCCCCCUCCAUGAAGCUUCCACAAUUCUGGCAGAGCGACCCGGCCUCAUGGUUCCAGCACAUCAAGGCUCUUUUCCAUCUGCGGGGCGUGGAUGCGGAUGACUCCCGGUAUUACUUUGUGGUUGCCGCGCUGGACCAUCAAUCCACCCGCCGGGUUAUGCUGCUGCUGCGCGACCCUCCACGGCAUGGGAAAUACGCCGCUCUCAAGCAGCUUCUGCUCCGGAGAUACAGCCUGUCUUCGGUUGAGAGGGCGGACAGGAUCCUCAGCCUCUCCGGUUUGGGGGACGAAGUCCGGGCGGCUUUGGCUAAUUCCCCGCGCAUCGCGGCUGGCGAUUACCGCGGCCUGGCGGAAGAAGCCAACCGUGUCCUGCUUGCCACCAGACGCUUCACGGUGCGGAGUACAGUCGUGGAGCCCCCACAGGUGACGGAGGUGGACCCCGCGGUGGUGUUGGCUUGGACUUGGUGGUUGGCACUGGAACCUGGUUAUCACCAGGUUCCAGUGCAGGCGGUGGAUGUGCCGAAGAUCGCGGUGAUCACCCCCUUCGGCCUUUUCGAGUUCCUCCAUUUUUCUGAUGUGGCCAAAGACCAGCCCAGCGACGAAGAUAUCCUUUCACUUCGCUCCAUCGGUUCGGGCCUGAAGCUUGAGGAGGUGGUGAUACAGGAGGGUGGUCCUACACUCCUGUGCACUCCUGUCCACGGGACAGCCUCGCCCUGUGAUUCCGGCAGGUUGGCGGCGGCGCGUUUUUGA